CGUGCAGGUCAAUUCGGUCCGUUUGAACAAGACUUCGGCUAUGUGACGGUAAGAGAAGGAGCUCACAUGUUUUGGUGGUUAUUCUACACAACAGCUCCAGUAGAGAAAUAUACUGAACGUCCACUCAUCGUUUGGUUACAAGGAGGCCCUGGGGGCUCCUCCACAGGAAUUGGAAACUUCGAAAUUUUAGGUCCACUCGAUUUGUCUUUACAAGAGAGAAAUCACAGUUGGGUGAAGAAUUUCAAUGUUCUGUUCGUUGAUAAUCCGGUAGGCACUGGCUUUAGUUAUGUUGACAAUGUGAUGCAAUUAACUAGGACGAAUGAUGAAAUCGCUUUAGAUUUCGUUGAGCUAAUGCGUGGAUUCUACAAUAGACGUCCUGAGUUCAACGAUGUUCCUCUCUACAUUUACGGUCAGUCGUACGGUGGUAAAAUGGCCAUUGAUAUGGGUCUCCGCAUGCAUGAGGCGGAAAAAGCAGGUACAAUACGCUCAAACUUAAAAGGAAUAGCGAUGGGUAACGCUUGGAUAUCUCCAGUAGAUUCUACUCUCACUUGGGGUCCACUACUGUUAGCUGCUGGCUUAGUAGACCAAGAAGGAUAUGAGGAUAUUCAAGCUGCCGCUAGGGAAUCCGAGCGAUUAUUCAAUGAAGGACAGUAUCUUCAGUCCACGACUCAGUGGGCAAACACACAGCAGGUCGUAUUCAGAAGAACUACAAGAGUGGAUUUCUACAACAUUCUCACUAAAAUGGAAGUUUCCGCUUCUGUCCCAGACACUAGAUCACCUAUUGAACUAUCGCGGGAUAUGUUGAUCCGCGAUCGACCAUACAUGUCUCCUGUGAGACAGGAUGAAUUAAAUCUGAACACUUUAAUGAACACUCAGGUCAAGGAAGCUCUGAACAUUCCAAACCAUGUGACAUGGGGCUCACAGUCUGGUAAUGUUUUUAAUAUGCUGAGGGAAGAUUUCAUGAAACCAGUCACAGAAGGAAUCGAGAAAAUUCUGAAUGAAACAGACAUUAUUUUGACCAAAUAUAACGGAAAUCUAGAUUUGAUUUGUGAUACACCUGGUCAAAUUUUAUGGGUAGACAGGCUUCGGUGGCCUGGAUCGGAAGCUUACAAAAAUGCUCCUCGUCUACCUAUUUGGGAAAACAAUAAACUAGAAGGCUAUUAUAAAGCCUUCGAGAAUUUUAGAUUCUUCUGGAUCAAUGUGGCAGGACAUAGCGUACCAAGGGACAACCCAGAAGGAACCAACGCUUUUCUACGCGAUAUGACUUCGUUUGGUUAAAACUACAUUUCAUAUCGCUAAUGCGCAUUCUAAAUAAUAAUAAGACAAAUG